AUGAUCUUUAUGCCUGAUGCGCCCAGCGCAGUACCGCAGCGCGACUCAGUCGGGACUGCAGAGGACGUGGAUCUGCUCAGGGGGUCUGCCAGCGCCCAGGUGGCCGCGCUGCCAUCAGAGCAGGCUGCCAACGGGGAUGAGAUGCCAGAGUGGUGGAAUCCCUCACCCGCCCUCCAUGUCUCCCUGUACUACAAGCAGGAGGCGGAAAAGAAUGCAAGGGCGAUCUUGAAGGAAGUGGAGGAUGCAAAGCUGGCCGGCUACGACUAUCCCAUAGCCUCCCUGAUCGCUUUGCGGCAGGUGUGCGGUGAGGCCGGUGUAACGGUGCGGCCACGCACGGCAAGCGGGCGCGAUGCGAUGCUGCGCGCCGGUGCGGAGGCGGCCGUGGAUGCAGCCAUGCAGCAGUCCGGCGCACAGCUGGGCGGCAUGGCGCCCUCCACCUUCGUCACCGGCCUUGCGCGAGACCUCGAGGUUCCCGAGGAGAAGGCUGCCAACAUUGCGUUGGCCGUCAUUGCAGCAAAAGCCCGUGGAGCGCUGAUAGACGCUUGUGCAGCAUAUCGAGAAAAUGACUCACAGGAGGCGCUCUACCAGCUGCUGCGGAUAGCUGGUCUGCUGGAGUCCCUGCCGCUGCCGCCGCGCAGCCCCCAGGCAGACAUGGUCGCCGCCAGCAUCUCCCAGCGCGCAACGUUGCAGGAGAGAGAGGCCAUCUUCAUGACGUACGGGAGAAUGGAGCCCAGCACGGCAGAUCGGGUGGCAGAGAUGCUGGGCUUUGAUCCGGCCCUGGUCCUGCCUCAGCUGCAUGAAGCGCUCGAAAAGACGUCUCAGUCGACUGAGUCCACAUAA